UAUCAAAAGAAAAAAAAACUUAAUCGAAAUUUUACCAUACGCGUAUCAAAUAAUUCAAACUUUCUUUUAAACGUGCACAGAGUUUUACUGAUAUGGCAUCACUUUUCGCACAGUUUAGUUUUGACAGUUUUCGCUGCAACGGGAUUUCGCAAAACGUGGUGCAGGAAUUUAAUUUUUGGAUAACAAUUUCGAGGCAUGUUUAUUUAUAAUUACUUUGUGAUUAAAUUAGCUUUUGUAGCUUAGUGAAGUGAAUACGUUAUGUAUAAUAUUGUACAAGUGACAGGUGUGCCAAGAUCUUACCUUAUACUACCCGGUAUCAGACACCUAUUCGCUCAAUGCCACAUUGCCGUAGUUACCAAAUCGCAAUCAUAUUUUGUUGGUGUUAGUGGUAACAUAGAAAAUGAACGGACGAAUUCCACAAAACUGCUACGCCAGCGACUAGGGUAUUUAUUAGAUGCAAAAAGCAACAAGACUAACAUCCUUCAAAGAAGCGGAUCAACACAAGAGACUUUCUGUCGGCGCUACGCAACAUUGGUUUCAAAAAUGAAGAAAGAGAAACAAAAGAACGCACCUGCUGAAACCGGCAAGAAAGAAUUAAAUCCUUGGCCAAGGUAUAUUGAAGAGCGUAAUGCGCUCUGGGAAAAAUUAAAGGUCGAGCGGGAAGCUGAGUUGGCCGGCAAAACCCGUACAGCUAUUAAGGUAACAUUGCCCGAUGGUAAGCAAGUUGAUGCGACCUCAUGGGAGACCACACCUUACGAUGUUGCGAAAGGUAUUAGCCAAGGUCUAGCUGAUAAUACCGUUGUGGCGAAAGUGAAUGGCGCAGUUUGGGAUUUGGAUCGUGUACUUGAGGAAGAUUGUAAUUUGCAACUGCUUAAAUUCGAUGAUCCUGAGGCACAAGCUGUUUUUUGGCAUAGUUCAGCGCACAUCAUGGGUGAGGCUAUGGAACGCAUAUAUGGAGGGCAUUUAUGCUAUGGACCACCAAUAGAUAAUGGCUUUUAUUACGAUAUGCAUUUAGAUGGCGACGGUAUUUCUACCAACGAUUAUGCUAGUAUGGAGGGUAUUGUUAAACAGAUUGUUAAAGAGAAACAACCAUUCGAACGUUUGGAAUUGAAAAAAGCCGAUUUAUUGGAAAUGUUUAAGUACAAUGAAUUCAAAGUGCGCAUUUUAAACGAGAAAGUCAAUACAGAGACAACCACUGUUUACAAGUGUGGUUCCCUUAUUGAUCUAUGCCGUGGUCCUCAUGUGCGUCAUACUGGCAAAGUUAAAGCUCUGAAGAUUACGAAGAACUCCUCUACCUAUUGGGAAGGCAAAGCUGACGCAGAAACAUUACAAAGAGUUUAUGGCAUUUCAUUCCCUGAUCCGAAACAAUUGAAGGAAUGGGAAAGAAUACAAGAAGAAGCAGCUAAACGUGAUCAUCGUAAAAUUGGUCGAGAACAGGAAUUGUUUUUCUUCCACGAAUUAUCGCCAGGCUCCUGCUUCUUCCAACCGCGUGGUGCUCAUAUUUAUAACACACUGAUGAAUUUCAUGAAAACGGAAUAUCGAAAACGUGGUUUCCAAGAAGUCAUUACGCCAAAUGUAUUUAACUCAAAACUGUGGCUGACUUCGGGCCAUUGGCAGCACUAUGCUGAAAAUAUGUUUUCAUUCGAAGUGGAGAAAGAGAAAUUUGCACUUAAACCUAUGAACUGUCCAGGACAUUGUCUCGUUUUCGACAACCGCAAUCGAUCGUGGCGAGAACUACCUCUACGUAUGGCUGAUUUCGGUGUAUUGCAUCGAAAUGAACUCUCUGGUGCACUUACUGGACUCACACGUGUACGACGUUUCCAACAAGAUGAUGCGCAUAUUUUCUGCGCUCCUGAACAGAUAAAGAACGAAAUGAAGGGAUGUUUGGAUUUCUUGCGACACGUAUACACCAUAUUCGGAUUCUCAUUCAAUCUCGUUCUUUCGACACGUCCUGAAAAAUAUCUUGGCGAGUUGGAGCAAUGGAAUACUGCUGAGAAGGCACUCGCCGAGUCUUUGGAUGAAUUCGGAUUACCUUGGAAAGAAAAUCCCGGCGAUGGCGCUUUUUACGGACCCAAAAUUGAUAUUACCAUUAUGGAUGCACUGAAACGUGCUCAUCAAUGUGCUACAAUACAAUUGGACUUCCAGUUGCCCGAGCGUUUUAAUUUAAAUUACAUCGCCGAUGAUGGCGAAAAGAAACGACCGGUCAUAAUCCAUCGUGCUAUUCUCGGUUCGGUAGAGCGUAUGAUUGCCAUUCUUACGGAAAAUUAUGCCGGCAAAUGGCCAUUCUGGUUGUCGCCACGUCAAGUGAUGGUUGUGCCCGUCGGUCCGCAAUACGAUGAGUACGCACAGUCUGUACGUGACAAGUUGCAUUCAGCUGGAUUUAUGGCAGAAGCUGAUACGGAUGCUGGUGAUACAUUGAAUAAGAAGAUACGUAAUGCACAGUUGGCGCAAUUCAAUUUCAUACUGGUGGUGGGUGAGAAGGAACGUUCUUCUGACACGGUGAAUGUCCGUACACGCGACAACAAGGUGCACGGCGAAGUCUCAGUCACCGAUUUGAUAACCAAGCUCAAUAAAAUACGUGACGAAUUCAUUACAAAUGAAGAUAGCUUCUAAAGUUGAUGCGACACAAAAGUACCAAUAAUUUAUUUCCUGCUAUUCGUAUUAUAUAUGCAAAUUAUAAUCAAAUGCUUUGAAAGUGUUUGCAAAUUCAAAUAAUUAUUCGCAUAAAAUCUCGAACGCCUAAUAAUUUGAGUAAUAAUAUUUGUGAAAUCUACUUUAUCCAAUAAAAUAUCCUUUAAAAUGGGUUAGUAAAUUUAAUUGUUUUUUAAAAUUCAAUCGGCUAGAGAGUAACAAAUUCAGUCUCAUUCGCUCAUUCACUCAAUAUUCAUGUCGGCAGUGGCGCCGGCGUCGUCGUCAUGUGCGCGCUGAAAUUCAUUUUACAAAUCGUCGAUUUGCACCAGGCGCCCAGAAAUGUGCAGUAGGUGGAUGAUAGAAGUCGAUGCAACACGUUGCAUAAGUACUUUCAAACAUGAUGGAAUCGGGGUUGCUUCGAACAUGUUGCAGUCACUCGAUGCGACGCUGAAAUCCGGUUUUACGAAUCACCAAAUUUUACCAGGCGCCCAAAAUCGUGCAGGAGGUGGAUGCGAAAAAUACAAGUAUACAGCAACUGAUAACCUCUAAGAGUUACCAUAUACUUUUUUAUUGCUCCGACAACGAAUAAACACACUUUGAAGAAAAAUAAACAAAAUUUACGUAUAUUUAAACAAUAAAUAUAAUAAACAUGAAUGCAAAAAGGCGUUUUCAUGAAACAAAUUUAAAAAUAAAUAAAAAUAUUACACACAUUUUCUAAAUAAUGCACUUAGUGCAAUGAAAAUUACAAUUCUAAAUAUAUAAUCCUUUUGGUACGUUUUGCGCCAUAAGCGCACCUCUUGUAUGCAUGAGUCUGUACAUAUUUCGCCAAUAAAUUCUAGAUUCCAAUUUCGA